AUGGCAUCUGGUACGAAGAUAAUAUGCUAUCUUCUGUUGGGUUUUAUAUUUGCGUCGACCCUGCUUGACGUUGCGGUGACGGAAGAGCGAGUUAAUGGAGAUCGUUGUCGUGCAGGAGGGUGUUGUGGAGGAAGUGGAGGCGGUGGUGGUCCUCCAAGACGUGGUGGUGGAUGCGGUGGUGAUGAUACCCCAGGACAUGGUGGUAGUGUAGGACGUGGCCUUAUGGAUGGUCCUCCGGGACAUGGUGGUGGGCGUGGUGGAGGUGGUCCUUCAGGACAUGGUGGUGGUGUAGGACGCGGCCUUAUGCAUGAUCUUCUAGGACAUGGUGGUGAACGCGGUGGUGCUCCUCCAGGACAUGGUGGUGGUGGUCCUCCAAAGCAUGGUGGAGGUGAAGGACGUGGCCUUAUGGAUGGUCCUCUAGGACAUGGUGGUGGAUGCAGUGGUGGUGGUCCUCCAGGACAUGGUGGUGUUGUAGGACGUGGCCUUAUGGACGGUCCUUCAGGAAAUGGUGAUGAAUGUGGUGGCGGUCCUCCAAAGCAUGGUGGAGGUGAAGGACGUGGUCUUAUGGAUGGUCCUCCAAGACAUGGUGGUGGACGCGGUGGUGGUGGUGGUCCAGGACAUGGUGGUGUUGUAGGACGCGACCUUAUGGAUGGUCCUCCAGGACAUGGUGGUGAACGCAGUGGUGGUCCUCCAGGACAUGGUGGUGGUGGUCCUCCAAAGCAUGGUGGAGGUGAAGGACGUGGCCUUAUGGAUGGUCCUCUAGGACAUGGUGGUGGACGCGGAGGUGGUGGUCCUCCACGACAUAAUGGUGAUGGCCCUCCGGGACAUGGUGGAGGUGUAGGGUGUGGCCUUUUGGAUGGUCCUCCAGGACGUGGUGGUGGUGGUCAAGGAGGUGGUUCUCCUGGCCAUGGUAACUAA